AUGCCUCUACUUUUCUUCUUCCACUUGGCUGUUUCCAACUUACCUGUACAAUUGGAAAAAGCAAAAAUUUUUACGUAUGAGGAGUUUAUACAAUCAUUAGAAAAUAUAUUUCGUAUUGAUUUGGUCAAAAAGUAUACAAUACAGUUGUUUGAUGAUUACUUUAACGACUACGUGGAUUUAGAUGAAGUGUAUUUUGGUACAAUUAAAAACCGUCUGUUCUCAUUAGCAUCAGUGACACAAAAAUUAUCGAUUAAUAUUUCAUUUAAAGUAAUUAGAAAUAUCGUCGAUAGUUAUAAGAAAACCUGCUGCGGGCGGGAAGAAUCGGACAGUAGUAAUCAUGAUGAUGACGGAAAGGCGGGAGGAGACAAGAGCGAGAAAGGUGUUUGGAGGGACACUUAUGGAAUAAUGGUGGAAGAAAUAAUUGGAAUCAAUGGCCGUUGGUUUUGUCUUGAUCAAGGUUGGAUUCCCAAUGAUGGCUUCGAUUGGACAAGAGUUGAUGCAGGUGAUUGA